AUGCUUCGGCUGCGCGUGCCGAUCAUGGAUCAGCCAUGUCAUGUUCAGAACCUCGCUGACGAGCUGUUGAGCGAGGUCUUAUCUUACCUUCUCGAACCCGCACCCCGAGCCCUAAACGGCAGAUUCAAUGGAAAUGGACAUGCUCCCAGGUCUGGCGAAUACGGCGAAACAUCUGACCUCGAUCGCUUCCGGCUCGUUUGCAAGCGCUUCAUGCGAAUUGGCACCCCUCACCGAUUCCAUCGGUUUACACUGCGGUUUUCUGCUCAUGGCUUCCGGCGACUAGACGAACUGGUGGACAUGCAGUUGGCCUGCUAUGUGAAGACGAUCACAUACAUGGUGCGGCCAUUCUAUCAUGGGAAAGGAUGGGCCCGGUCACUGCGAACACUUGAAUCAGAGAAUCCCGAACUGUCAAGACUACACAGCCGCCGACUACACGAGCAAGCCAACCUCACCUCAACCAACAACGACCAAUACCGCCUGCAACGCGCAAUCGCCGAAUUCACAUCCCUACAAGAAAUCAAGCUCCUAAGACUCCAAGACGAAGCAGACGAGCGCCUCCUCGACUUCAUCCGCGAUAACCCACUAUCCACCAACACAGCAACCACCAUCUCCUUCGACUGGGAAAGCGCCUGCUCACGCGCCAUAACAAACCUAAGCCUAGCCCUCCUCAACACGAAAUGCACCUCCAUCCGCUUCACAGGCCCCCAAAUCAGCCCAGAAGCAACCCUGCAGCUCCUCCGCGCCCCAACAGAAACCCUCGCCAACAUGGGCUCGCGCCUAACAAGCCUAGACAUAAACUUCCACUCAACAAACAUAAUCUCAACAACAACCGACCUCUCCGAAGUCUUCCGUCGCUUCUUCACCGCAGCCAAAAACCUGAUCGCCAUCCACAUAGGCUUCCUCAGUAAAACACCUCUCGAUCUAGACCUGGAACAGAUCUUCCACCACAUCCGCUGGAAAACACUCCGCAAACUAAGCAUUCAAGGCUGGCGACUCGGCGCAGACGAGAUCAUCGCCCUGCUUCGUCGACACAGUGCACAGUUACGCGAGUUCCGUCUGACGGCCGUUUAUCUGAGGCCUGGCGGUGUCUGGCGCGAUGUGCUUGUCGUCCUGCGUGAGGAAAUAAAGCUGCUUGAGCAGCUGGUUCUGAGGGAUAUUGACUAUGCGGCGCAUUUUGACGCUAUCGCUGUUUCCAAUGGUGUCGAGGUCUUUGAUGAUUACCCUGUUCCUGGGGAACCUUCGGUUACGGUUGCGGCUGCGGCGUCUUCGCAGUCGGCUGUUGCUAUGCAGAUCGCGCCUGUUGCUUCUACUGGGGGGAGGCGGUUGUCGUUGAGACGAAAUUCGCUUGAGAGGCUGCGUGCGUUGCCGAGUGUGGAGUUGGGGGAUGACGGUGUCCAUGUGUUGCAUGAGCAGAUUCCUUUUUGGGAGACAUGGGUUCUUUCUGCUCUGCAUGGGUCUAAGAGGAAUGGUCGGUCUCAUUGGAGUGUGUAG